AAUAUUUUCUUAACAAAAACAAGUAAUUAUUCAAUCUCCUUUCUCAUUUUUAUCAGAAAUUCUUAUUAUUAUUAUUAUUGCUCUCCAUGAGAUAGAUAAACUCUACUGGAAUCUAUAGGAAUAUAGGCUUUUUUUUUUUCAGAAGGUCUAAACUAUCUUCCGAUUAGCGGAGAUAAUGGGAAACGUCGGAAGCAAUAGCGCAGGCCGCCGGAGGAAUCGGAUCAAUUCAAAUACGGCGACUCAACAGCCUCCUCCUCCGCCGGAAACUACUGGGAAUAGGUAUGUUUUUGCUGCCGCCACUCCUUUCCCAUCUCUAUACCCGAACCCCAAUCCACCGCCUUACUAUCACCACCCGGGUUACUACCCGCCGCCACCUGUGCCGACUCAAUACCCGCAUCACUUUCGCGGCGGCGGGAUGUACCCGGGUCCAGGCCCUGUCCAUGGAAACUGGGUCGGGCCCCAGUACCCUUACGGGGCCGUUCCACAUCCGGUUGCUGCUCCGUAUAUGGAUCAUCAGAAGGCUGUCACUAUAAGGAAUGAUGUCAAUGUGAAGAAGGAGACUCUAAGGGUCGAGCCGGAUGAGGAGAAUCCAGGAAGGUUUCUUGUUGCUUUCACUUUUGACGCCACAGCUCCUGGAAGCAUUACUGUUAUGUUUUUUGCUAAAGAAGAUCUAGACUGCAACCUCAUGGUUACAAAGGAAGGCUUGCUUAAACCAGUCACCGUGCCUUUUGAGCAAGGCCUUGGCCAGAAGUUUAGACAACCUGCUGGAACUGGAAUUGACUUCUCAAUGUUUGAUGAGUCUGAAUUAAUUAAGGGGGGGGAUAAUGAGAUCUAUCCUCUUGUGGUGAAGGCUGAAGCAUGCCCGUUGAACCAGAGUGAGCAAGAAUCUGAUGGAAAUUCAGCUGGAAAUUCUCAGAUCACUCAGGCAGUGUUUGAAAAGGACAAAGGUGUAUACCAGGUGCGGGUGAUGAAGCAGAUUUUAUGGGUGAAUAGGAUGAGAUAUGAGCUGCAAGAGAUUUAUGGAAUUGGGAAUACAGUUGAUGGUGAUUUUGAUGGAAAUGAUUCUGGAAAAGAAUGUGUGAUUUGCUUGUCAGAACCCCGAGACACGACUGUUCUCCCUUGUCGCCACAUGUGCAUGUGUAGUGGCUGUGCUAAGGUUCUGAGGUUCCAGACAGACCGAUGUCCCAUCUGCAGGCAACCAGUUGAGCGACUCCUGGAAAUCAAAGUAAACAAUGGUCCGGAUGGGUGAGGCCUGAGGAUGGUCUGCUAUCAUUUGAAUUCUGUAUAGUACCUAUAUAUUUUCUUUGCUUUUAAAACACACCUCCUUUCCCAGUAAUAACAAACAGGCAGUCCGGAUUCAGGCAUGGUACAGGUACAGUCGUUAUUUCAGUGCAAUUCUUGUUAUCAGGCUGCCACAAUAUAGUCACUACUGGAACAAAAAUGCCAUAGUAUAAACAAGGUUAUCAACAAUAUAUCAAAAUCUUUGUUUUCUAAAUGGUUCUCUUUCGUCCUGUUCUCUACUUGAUUAUCUGGACCUCUUUGAGAUAUGAUGGGAAGCUGGUUAGCAUUGUGAUUGGUGAUAACACGAUCGAUAGAGGCCACAGGGAUUCGUCGUUGUGCUUUUAGCUGUGUUUGUAUGUGAAGAACAAAUUUCUACAACACUUUGCUGCUGCGAAUUUGCGAAGCUUUCAUUCGGCUGCAUGCUUCCAUUGUGAUCUCAUGCACUUGAGAAGAAUGGUAAACAUGGUUUUGUUCCGUAGAAAUAUGAAAUAUAGAAUUUUCUCAGAUAUGUGCUUCUUUAGUUCUCUGGAUCUGGCUUUCUUCUUCUUCUUCUUCUUCAUUGUUCUAUGGUGUGUAGAUGAUGGACUUUCUUAAUCUCUCAAUUCUCAUCUAGGGACUACGAGUGAAAAAGAAAAAAAAUGACCUUUCACCUGUGACAA